AUGCCGUACGGAAAGACUGACGAGCUCGCCAUCAACACCAUCCGAACCCUCGCGGUCGAUGCCACAUUCCAGGCAAACUCCGGCCAUCCGGGUGCCCCUAUGGGCAUGGCCCCGGUUGCCCACGUCGUGUUCAACAAGUUCAUGACUUUCAACCCCAAGAACCCCAAAUGGGUCAACCGCGACCGAUUUGUCCUCUCCAACGGUCACGGAUGCAUGCUCCAGUAUGCGCUGAUCCACCUCUUCGGCUACAACGUCAGCAUUGACGACCUGAAGAACUUCCGUCAAGUCGACAGCAUCACACCUGGUCACCCCGAGUCCCACGACACCCCCGGUAUCGAGGUCACCACUGGCCCUCUCGGUCAGGGUUUCGCCAAUGCCGUCGGUCUCGCCAUUGCUGAGAAGCACACUGCCGCCAUCUUCAACAAGCCCGGCUAUGAGCUGAUCAACAACCACGUCUACAUGUUCUUCGGUGAUGGUUGCGCUAUGGAGGGUAUUGCCAGCGAGGCUGCCUCCACUGCCGGUCACUUGAAGCUCGGAAACCUCAUUGCCAUCUACGAUGACAACCACAUCUCCAUUGACGGUGACACCAAGUGCGCCUUCACUGAGGAUGUCAUGAAGCGAUUCGAGGCCUACGGCUGGCACGUACAGCACGUCGAGGACGGUGACUCCGACCUCGAGGCCAUCGAGAAGGCCAUCGCUGAGGCCAAGAAGGUCACCGACAAGCCCUCGAUGAUCAAGCUCACCACCACCAUCGGUUUCGGUUCCAAGCUCCAGGGUACCGGCGGCGUCCACGGCAAUCCCCUCAAGGCCGACGACUGCAAGCAGGUCAAGGAGAAGUUCGGCUUCGAUCCCGAGAAGAUGUUCGCUGUUCCCCAGGAGGUCUACGACAUGUACCACAAGCACGCCGCCGAGGGUGCUGCUGCUGAGGAGGAGUGGAACAAACUCUUCCAGAAGUACGGUGAGGAGCACAAGGAGCUUCACGCCGACCUCUCCCGCCGAUUGACUGGCGACCUUCCUGAGGGCUGGCAGAAGGCCCUCCCCACAUACAAGCCCACCGACCCUGCCAUUGCCUCAAGAAAGCUCUCUGAGAGCGUUUUGGAGGCUAUCCACGACGUCGUUCCUGAGCUUCUCUCCGGUUCCGCCGAUCUGACUGGCUCCAACAACACCCGAUGGAAGAAGGCUGUCGACUUCCAGCCUCCGGAGCUUGGCAUUGGUGAGUGGUCUGGCCGAUACCUGAGAUAUGGUGUCCGCGAACACGCCAUGGCUGCCAUCAUGAACGGUAUGUCCGCAUACGGCACCAUCAUCCCCGCCGGUGGUACUUUCCUCAACUUCGUUUCAUACGCCGCCGGUGCCGUCCGCCUGUCCUCUCUCUCACACCAGCGCGUCAUCUACGUCGCCACCCACGACUCCAUCGGUCUUGGUGAGGACGGUCCUACCCACCAGCCUAUCGAGACUCUUGCCCACUUCCGCGCUCUGCCCAACAUGAUGGUCUGGCGCCCAGCCGACGGAAACGAGUGCUCUGCCGCUUAUUACAUGGCCCUUACCUCCAAGGGUACGCCAUCCAUCCUUGCCCUCACCCGUCAGAACCUGCCCCAGCUUGAAGGCUCAACACUGGAGAAGGCCAUCAAGGGUGGUUACGUCGCUCUUGAGGAUAAGGACGCUCAGAUUACCCUCGUCUCCACUGGUUCCGAGGUUUCCCUCUGCCUGGAGGCCGUCAAGACCCUCAAGGACCAGGGCAUCACCGCCCGUGUUGCUUCCCUGCCUUGCUUCGAGGUCUUCGACGCGCAAGACAAGGACUACAAGAUGUCGGUCAUCCCCGCUGGUAUCCCAUCCCUCAGUGUUGAGGUCAUGUCCACCAUGGGCUGGGAGAAGUACUCGCACGAGCAAUUCGGUCUCAACCGCUUCGGUGCUUCCGGACCAUACAAGGAGGUCUACAAGAAGUUUGAGUUCACCCCCGAGGGUAUUGCCAAGCGUGCUAAGGCUACCAUUGACUUCUACAAGGAGGUCAAGCCUCUCCGAUCUCCCAUCGACCGUGCGUUCCAGCAGCUUAUCUAA